CGCCGGCACUUCCGGCUCGCUGCAGGGCUGGAGAGCGGCCCGCCUGCGGCUCUGCGCUGGUCUCGCGGAGCCACGUCCCGGAAGCUGCGGCCGGAGGUCGCGGGUGUUUCCAAGAAGGACGCCCCUUAGGGUCUUGCGGGUGGGCGGUGUGCCUCUUCCGCCAGGCGCGUCCUUGCGAACCCGGAACUUUCGGAGACACACGGCUGGUGGAUCUGCUCCUUCCACCUGGGAAACAGAGUUUUGUUCCUGGUUUCUCCCCUUUAGAGUUGAAUUCUGUACCUAUUUUACACAGAAGAAAAGACCAGAUUAUUAGCACUAUUCAACAUUUGCAGAUAAACCAAACACCAGAGCGCUCUCGGUUUAAGUAAAUUUUAAAUAGGAAAAAUAAUUAAAAUCAGAUAAGAUAGGAAUAUUAGAAUUCACUUUGCAGAUACGGGGUUUUUAGGGUCUUUAGAGAAUCCGUUCAUAAUUCUAGUUUCUCUUCAGAUUGUAUAAAUCUUUCGCCUUUUUCCUAGAGAAUCUGUUCAAGUAUUAAAGGUCUCAGGGCGACUCCUUUGGAAAACUUUGCUUUAUCAUUUCUUUAGAUGAUUCUCUUCUCUGUAAAUAACCUUUGAUUAUGUAUUACACAAUUUUAGAUGCUAAUAAUUUAUACUAAAAUAAUAUUUAUCAUUUUCCAUUGUUAUUCCUAGUGCUUUAAAACUGAAAUUUGUGACAGGAAUAAUGGUUUGUAUCUGGUUAUUAAAAUAUUUGAUUUGGGUAGUCAGAUGAGUAAAAUUUUCCCUACUGUGUUUUUAUACAUACUACAAGCAAAUACUACUAAUAUAAUUAAAAGUAUGAGGACUGUACAGAUAACUUCAUACAAUGCUUGAAGGUAUACUGCAGACAAGCAUAUAUUCUGAGUUAUUACUUUUGUACCGCAGUUUUGAAUUUUACCAUUUUUCAAAUUAUUGGCGUAGAGACACGAUUGUUUUACACUGAUACAAAGUUCAAGUUUAUCCUGAGCUAUUAGUUUCUAAUUGUGGAAACAAAUACCGGCUUCGCUGAUUCUAGUCUUUUCCCUAGUCAGUUGUCACAGCUCUGAAAUCAUGUUUUACCUCCGCUCAGUCAGCAUUCUCCUUCAUGUCCUUUUUGAUGCUUUCUGAUCUUCGGUGUGCAGUUGGAUGAUGUCUCCAGGAGUUAGGAAAAGGGUGGUCAGGUGAAUAUUUUUCUCUUCCUAGUUGGGUGAUGGCCUAGGUAAAUCGUUUGACAGUUGUGUGCCUCAGUUUGCUUAUCUGCAGAACAAUAACAGGGUUAUUAAUUUUUGUUCUGGCUCAAAGGGUAGUUUGGAAUUGUAAUUCCUAUAGUAAAGCUAGGCAGAGUAUGACUAUUUCUCACGUGUUUAAACCCGGUUCUGUCUCAAGGAUGUAUUCUCAGGUAGAUUUUCACAACUAUUUACUUAUUAAAUGAAAAUAAUUUCAAACCAGGCUGUUCCAAAGAAGGCCUACUGGGAAUGAGCCAAAGGAAGAAAUCCCAAUAUAAGAAGAUACCUUUCAAUAGACCUCUAGAUCAGCAUAUGGACAUCUCAAGUUAAUUUUUGUCUUUUUUGUAUGUUUAUGUGUAUGGUGCUGGCAUUAACUCAGGGUGUCAAGCAUGCUAAAUUUUUGCUGUACCAUCCAGCUACAUCCCCAGCCCUAGAUAUUUUAUUGACUAAAACAAUACCUCAAGAUCAUCAAGCUUGAUGCAUAAUUAUUAGCUGUGAUGUGAAGGAACAAAAGUCAAGAAAUGCCACAUUCCACAAACAAAGAACUUAUAUUUGCCAUCAUGGUGGGAACUGCUGGUAUCAGCUUGCUGGUUCUGUGGUAUCAAAGGGUUCGUAAACCAAGGACAGCAAUGAGUUUGCCAAAAUUUUUUUCUCUGGGUAAUACAUUUGAUUCAACAACUUUGCAAGAUAAAACACAUAAUGGCCAAGGAACACCAGCAAUCUUUCAGAGAAGGCAACUUCAGAUACUGGAGAAGUUAAAUGAAUUGCUGACAAAUAUGGAAGAACUCAAAGAGGAAAUCAGAUUUCUUAAAGAAACUAUUCCAAAACUAGAGGAAUAUAUACAAGAUGAACUUGGAGGGAAGAUAACGGUUCAUAGGGUAAGUCCUCAGCACAGAGCCAGAAAAAGAAGAGCAACUGCGGUUCAAAGUUCAGCAACAAGUAAUAGUUCAGAGGAAGCAGAAAGUGAAGGAGGGUAUAUUACAGCUAACACUGACACAGAAGAACAGAGUUUCUCAGUGCCUAAGGCAUUUAACACGCAUGUAGAGGAAUUAACGUUAGAUAUCCUUCUUCAGAAGGCAGAUCACUUACGCAUGACUGAGUCUGGCAAAAUGGAGGGUUUUGAACUACUGUGUGACCACGAAGAGAAGUUUAGAGAUGAAAUAGAAUUUGUGUGGCGGUUUGCUCGGGCUUAUGGAGACAUGUUUGAGCUUUCUACAAAUACACAGGAGAAGAAACAUUAUGCUAAUAUUGGAAAAACAUUAGGUGAAAAAGCUAUCACUAGAGCACCUAUGAAUGGCCACUGUCAUCUGUGGUAUGCAGUUUUGUGUGGCUAUGUAUCUCAGUUUGAGGGCUUACAAAAUAAAAUCAACUAUGGACAUCGCUUCAAGGAACAUCUAGAUAUAGCAAUCCAACUUUUACCUGACGAACCCUUUUUGUAUUACCUCAACGGAAGGUACUGUUACACUGUCUCAAAACUCAGCUGGAUUGAGAAAAAAAUGGCUGCUACUCUGUUUGGGAAUAUGCCAUCUUCAACUGUACAAGAAGCUUUGCGUAACUUCCUUAAGGCUGAAGAAAUACAUCCCGGUUAUUCUCUACUCAAUUACAUGUACUUGGCCAAGUGUUAUGUAGAUCUUGAGGAAAAUCAGAAUGCUUGGAAGUUCUGUAAUUUGGCCUUGUUACUUCCCUCUGUUACCAAAGAGGAUGAAGAGGCACAGACAGAGGUGAAAGCAAUAAUCAAGUCCUUGAAGAGGGUGCUUGACUCUGGAGGAGACAGAAUACCUGAAGAAUGUUGCUGAAAUGAGGAUUUCUCCUGUUGGGCCACUAAGGCCAAGCUAAUGGGGUCAUCUUCCACUCACAGAUGAAGUACACCAACUGCUAACCUCUCAAGAAUCAGCAUGCACAACUUUGGAAAUGGGGCGUUCAGAACCAGAACUUCGAAGGUGCUCAACUUCCAAAGAGAAGAAUCAAACUUUUUGCAAUUUCUCAUAAAACAUUAAAGAAGUAACUUAGUAUUCCACUAAAAUUUUAAGACUUGCCAUGUCCAUGUAAUUGCAUUGUUAGCUCUCUUUCUUGCUAAAUAACAAAUGGCCUUCAUUGUAACAUAAAAAUCUAUGCCAUUUCUCAGUUGCAUUUAAAAGUUGUCAGAAGCUUUCCAUCUUAUAAUAUUUUUUGUAUUUUUAAAUUACAGAAAGCAGUGACAGAGCUAGAAAGGACCAUAAACACAGUCUUCUGCACCAGACUUCUCAUUUUACCAAUAAGAAAUUUAAACUCUGAUGUACAUGUAACAGUCAACAUCAGAGAACUAUACUGGCUGAGCCCAGCUAGAUUCCAGGCCUUGGGAUCUCAAGUCUUCUGCAUUCUACUUUGAGCACAGGGCUAUUUGCAUUCAAAUGAUUGGAGUCUACAGUACCUAGCACAGAAUGGGGCUCUGAGAAGGGUAACCAUACCAAUUUAUUUAACCCUUACGUCAACCCUAUGGGGAAGGUAUGCUUGAUUUUUCCCUAUUUACAGGUAUGGAAGCUAAAAGCAUAAGAUACUAAAUUUCAUCCCUAACAUAGUAAGCAAGGGAUGUGAAGCUGGGCAGGCUGCUCCAGAGUCCAUGCUGUGGUCUGGGCCACUGUAUAACCUUGUCAGCAAAUGGGGGACAUAAGGACAGGGGGAGUAGAGGAAGAUGGAUGAAGAGAAGACAAAAGAAAGGACAGGAAAGGGAGGAAGGGGGAUUUCUAAAAAAGUAGAGAGGGGUCCUAAGGAAAAAGAAAAGAAACCUAGGGAGUAAAGGUAAAGAAAAACCUUAUAUUUAUUUUUCUGGAUAUUACCAUGCAUUGUCUAGUUUCUCAUCAUAAAUAUCUAACAACCUAUUAUGUGUCUUCCUUUACAUUAAAUCUUUCUCAUAUGCCCAACUGUUCCACCCCCAAUCAAGAUAAGGAAAUAUGGUGGUGAAGGCUAAUUUUAAUUACUUUUCUUCUCUGUAUAUACAGGGAGAGCCUCCUUGGGGACUUUAUAACUUAUUAAUUGUGCAGUUAACAAGAUAAGCUUAUUUCACAAGGAUAAGGUACAUCUUAGAAGCAAAUAAAGCUAGUAUCUUGAAGUCCUGUGGUUUUGGAGCAACUCAACCUAAAUUUAUUUUAGGUGCUUAAAGCCAAAAUUAAGGCUGAGUUUUAAUAGUUUUAUUGAGGUAUAAUUGACCUAUAAGUAAUUGGCCAUAUGUAAAGUAUACAAUUUGAUAAAUUUUUACAUAUGUGUGUACUCAUGGUCAAGAUCAACAUUUCCAUGACCUAAAAAAAUUUUGUUCAUACCUGUUUAUGUCUCUUCUCUCUUUCCUUGUACCAUCAUCCCUAAGCAACCACUGAUCUGCCUUGUGUUACUACAGAUUAUAUUCUGUAGAAUUUUUUAUAGAGUUCUACAUUAUGUAUUCUUUUCUGACUUUUUUCAUUAAGCACAAUUAUUUUUAAAUUCAUCCAUAUUGUAGCAGGUACUAAUAAUUCAUUCCUUUUUAUUUCUGAGUUGUAUUUUAUUCCAUAGAUAUACCAUAAUUUAUUUCCAAAUUUACCUAUUGAUCAACAUUUGGGCCAUUUACAGUAUUUGAUUAUUACAAAUAAAUCUUGUGUGAACAUUCAUAUAAA